CUCCUUGCUCCCUCCGAGGUGUGAGCGCGUCGGGCCGAUGAGGUGAUCUCUGGCCAGCCUGGGAGCAGCGCGUGGACCGGCGAGCGGCGGCGAGCAGUUGGCGAGCGCCUUUACAAUGGCCCUGACCCUGUUUGACACAGAUGAAUAUAGACCUCCUGUUUGGAAAUCUUACUUAUAUCAACUGCAACAAGAAGCCCCUCAUCCUCGGAGAAUUACCUGUACUAAUGAGUUAGGUUCUUCUGCUCCUGUUUCGGGAGAAGAAGAUGCCUUUACAAAGGUAGAAAAUAGACCAAAGUAUUACGGAAGAGAGUUUCACGGCAUGAUCUCCCGAGAAGCUGCAGACCAGCUCUUGAGUGUAGCUGAGGGGAGCUACCUCAUUCGGGAGAGCCAGCGUCAGCCAGGAACCUACACUUUGGCUUUAAGAUUUGGAAGUCAAACCAGAAACUUCAGGCUCUACUACGAUGGAAAGCACUUUGUUGGGGAGAAGCGCUUUGAGUCCAUCCACGAUCUGGUGACUGAUGGAUUGAUUACUCUCUAUAUUGAAACCAAGGCAGCAGAAUACAUUGCCAAGAUGACGAUAAACCCAAUUUAUGAGCACAUAGGAUACACAACCUUAAACAGAGAGCCAGCAUACCAAAAACAUAUGCCAGUCCUGAAAGAGACACUUGAUGAGAAAGAUUCUACAGGCCAGGAUGGGGUGUCAGAGAAAAGGUUGACAUCACUUGUUAGAAGAGCAACUCUGAAAGAAAACGAACAAAUUCCAAAAUAUGAAAAGGUCCACAAUUUCAAGGUCCAUACAUUCAGAGGGCCACACUGGUGUGAAUACUGUGCCAACUUCAUGUGGGGGCUCAUUGCUCAGGGAGUGAAAUGUGCAGAUUGUGGUUUGAAUGUUCAUAAGCAGUGUUCCAAGAUGGUCCCAAAUGACUGUAAGCCAGACUUGAAACAUGUCAAGAAGGUGUACAGUUGUGACCUGACGACGCUCGUGAAAGCCCACAUCACUAAGCGGCCCAUGGUGGUGGACAUGUGCAUCAGGGAGAUUGAAUCUCGAGGUCUUAAUUCUGAAGGACUGUACCGAGUCUCAGGAUUUAGUGACCUAAUUGAAGAUGUCAAGAUGGCUUUUGACAGAGAUGGUGAGAAGGCAGAUAUUUCUGUGAACAUGUAUGAAGACAUCAACAUUAUCACUGGCGCACUGAAACUGUACUUCAGGGAUUUGCCGAUUCCACUCAUCACAUACGACGCCUACCCUAAGUUUAUAGAGUCCGCCAAAAUUAUGGAUCCUGAUGAGCAAUUAGAAACCCUUCACGAAGCACUGAAACUGCUGCCGCCUGCUCACUGCGAAACCCUCCGGUACCUCAUGGCGCAUCUGAAGAGAGUCACCCUCCACGAAAAGGAGAAUCUGAUGAAUGCAGAGAACCUUGGGAUUGUUUUCGGCCCGACACUCAUGAGAUCUCCAGAGCUAGACGCCAUGGCUGCCCUGAACGAUAUACGAUAUCAGAGACUGGUGGUGGAGCUGCUUAUCAAAAAUGAAGACAUUUUAUUUUAAAUUUUUAGUUUGAAGGAAAAAAGAAGUGUUUUACAGAUGAAGGAAUGUUUUAUAGUAAUUUAAUUGGCUCUUAUAGCUGAAUUAUUUCUUGGUUAGAAGUUUGGGCAUAUAACCAGAUUAAAAUGAAGGAACCUCCCAUUGUUUUCAUAGCACCGCUCAGAUGUCCUUGUAAAACAGUGAACACACGCUUUCCAGUUCUAGUAAUCCUGGGUGUUUAUCAUGUUCAGAGAAACUCAAGCUAUUGCAUGAUUAGCCCCCUGUUUGGCAAGGGAACCCCAUACAAAGGAGACACCAAGCCUGCACCGCCCCUCAUCCUGGGUCGCCUGUGGUUGUAAUUCAGCAUGUUUCGCAGAGUAAAUCUGUCGUGACUUUGCUUUUGGGUCCUAUGUCAUUGAUUUCUGAUGCUUCUAUAAACAUGCACACAAAUGGAGAAAACAGUACCUCUGGCUGCUGCAUUGCCAUAGACUAUAACUAACAUAUGCCUACUUUUCUCAAAUGCUUCAUUUCUGGUUUGUCUUAGUUCUUCUCUAACAUAGUACUUUCUUUCCAGCAAAAGCAAAAUGUGUUUUCAGAUUUGUUACUUUAGUAAAUUAUCUCUACCAAUAAAAAAAUGUACAACACAGAGCAUUUUGUUAAAUUAUUAUUGGUCUUCAGUUGUAAUUUUGUGUUUUUAUCUGGCAUGCAUUUAUUAAUUUAUUAAAUUUGGCUUUUAGAAAUAAAAAAUAUUGAUAGCUUA